AUGCGUUUCUCUCCGCUUGCAACCCUCGCCGGGUUGUCAGCGUUUGUUCUGGCCGAUGAGGUCAAGAACCCAAUCUCAGAGCCUUCGGUUUUCAAUGGAAAGACAGUACCGCCACUGUUGGAGUUAACUCCUGCAAACUGGGAGGAGCAGGCCAAGAAGAACAAGUUUAUGAUGGUUAAGCACUUCAGUCCCUACUGCAAGCACUGUACCAGAUUCGCCCCGACUUUCCAGACUCUCUACGAAUUCUACUAUACUUCGAAGCCUCAAGUCGACGACCCGGAAGCCACGUUUACAAAGUACUACGACUUUAUUUUCGGUACUGUUAACUGUGUUGCGUAUUAUGAUUUCUGUAUGGAACACGAAAUUCAGUCGUACCCGACUUCAAUCCUCUACGAAAACGGCAAGGUGGUCGAAGCGCUACGCGGAAUCAAGAACAUGACAGUAUUGACUACCACGAUCGAAAAGGCGCUUGCUAAGGAACACCCUGGUCGACCCGAACUUGUUGAAUUGCCCAACCCCGGCGACAAAGUGUACCCCCCUCCCAAGGUCGAAGAGAAGCCUACAGAGGCUGCUGUUGAGAAGAAGGAAACUCAGGCGCCAGCAGUAAAGCCAGCAGCCGAAGCUGAGAAGCCUAUCGAUGCUGUUGUUGAGCCGGCUGGUAAAACUGCGGGCAAGUCUCUUGAUGACGUUACCGAAAUGCCCAAGGCCGAGGCCAAGUCUGACAAGGUCGAGUCAGCUGAGAAGCCCGCUGAGGAUGCCAGCAAGAGCUCAUUUGGCGCUGACUGGAAGGUUCCCAGCACUGGACAGAUGCUCAAGAAGCCCAAGCCUCAAGACCCUACACCCAAGUAUAACCUGGAGGGUAUCAGCACUCCCUUGACUCCCGACAACUUCGACACCCUAGUCACAAACUCGAAGGACCCCUGGUUUAUCAAGUUUUACGCACCUUGGUGCUCUCACUGCAAGGCCAUGGCUCCCACAUGGCAGCAGCUGGCCAAGAAAAUGCAGGGCAAGCUUAACAUUGGUGAGGUCAACUGUGAAGCGGACCACAAGCUUUGCACGCAAAUGGGCGUCAAGGCAUUCCCAACCAUCUACUUCGUCACUGGCGCGGAAAAGGCCGAGUACAAAGGUCUUCGUGGAGUUGGCGACUUUGUCGCUUAUGCUGAGGGUGCGAUCGAGGUCGCCGGUGGCGUUCUUGACGUUGAUGCCGAAAGCUUCAAGGAGCUUGAGAAGACUGAGGAAGUCCUGUUUGUUUACUUUUACGACCACGCCACCACAACCGAGGACUUCAAGGCUCUUGAUGCCCUACCACUUAACCUUAUUGGACGAGGCAAGAUUGUCAAGACAAGCGACCCCGAGCUGUACAAGCGAUUCAAGAUUACGACCUGGCCCAGACUCUUGGUCUCUCGAGAGGGCCGUGCGACCUACUACACUCCCAUCACCCCCGAUGAGAUGAGAGAUGUCGAUUCAUUGGUCUCAUGGAUGAAGUCCACAUGGCUCCCUCUCGUUCCUGAGAUGACCGCUCUCAACGCCAAGCAGAUUAUGAACCACAAGCUUGUUGUCCUAGCAAUCCUCAACCGCGAUGAUGAGGAUCGUCUUCAAACCUCAAUCUCAGAGCUCAAGAACGCCGCCAACGAGUGGGUUGACCGUCAGGUUCAGGAAUUCCAGCUCGAGCGCAAGAAGCUCCGAGACGCCAAACAGAUGAGAAUCGAAGAGGCUCAGAGCCGUGACGACCAACGUGGUCUUCGUAAUGCAAAGGCCAUCAAGAUUGACAUGGACUCUACCCGCCGUAAGGAGGUUGGUUUUGCCUGGGUCGACGGCGUCUUCUGGCAGAGGUGGAUUGCUGCCACCUACAACAUUGAUGUGAGGGAUGGUGAGCGCGUCAUCAUCAACGAGGAAGAUCGACACAAGUUCUGGGACACUACCCCUACCGGCAACCAAAUCAUGAUCAGCCAUACUUCAAUCAUGGACACCCUUGAUAAGAUCGUCUACGGCCCCAACCCUAUUCCUCCCAAGUACACCAUCAGCUCUUUCUCCAAGUUCUUCUUCGACAUCAAGAUGAACUUCAUUGACCACCCAUUCCUGUCUAUGGGCUUCGUCAUUGCUGUUGGCUUUGGUGUCUACUCUUGGCUCCGCAACCGCACUAGACGUCCUCGUGGUACUUUCUUCCGGGACGAUAACAUGGGUCUUAAGGACGGCCUCCUGGGUCAAAACGGUAAUGCCAAGUCUGACUAA